GUGUGCGCGGUGACGCGUGUCGCGGCGGUGCGGGUCCCGAUUGCUGCAGCCGCUUGUCAGUGUGACGAAGAUUGGCACCCAGGUUUCUGUCCUCUACAUUAUAUGUCAGCGGGAUAACUACUGGAACGUGAUAAUGUCAUCUUCAAUCCACUGAUGGAAAGGGAAUAUUUGGUCAUGCUUAUGAUGAUUUGAAGUAACUUGUGUUUUGUUAACCAUGAUGGCAACACAGACAUUAAGUAUAGACAACUAUCAGGAUGGACAACAGAUGCAAGUAGUAACAGAGUUAAAAACUGAACAGGAUCCCAACUGCUCUGAAACGGAUGCAGAAGGGGUGAGUCCUGCCCCUGUAGAAUCUCAAACUCCAAUGGAUGCAGACAAGCAGGCCAUUUACAGGCACCCACUAUUUCCCCUGUUAGCACUAUUAUUUGAAAAAUGUGAACAGUCUACACAAGGCUCAGAAGGCACAACUUCUGCUAGUUUUGAUGUAGAUAUUGAAAAUUUUGUAAGGAAGCAAGAGAAGGAAGGAAAACCCUUUUUCUGUGAAGAUCCAGAAACGGAUAAUUUGAUGGUAAAAGCCAUCCAAGUUCUACGUAUCCAUCUGCUGGAGCUAGAAAAGGUUAACGAACUCUGCAAGGAUUUCUGUAGUCGUUACAUUGCCUGCCUGAAGACAAAAAUGAACAGUGAAACUCUAUUAAGUGGAGAGCCUGGAAGUCCUUAUUCACCUGUGCAAUCUCAGCAAAUUCCAAGUGCCAUUGCAGGCACACUCAGUCCCCAAGGGAUUAUGGUGCCAGCAUCAGCAUUGCAGCAGGGAAAUGUAACUAUGGCAACAGUAGCAGGGGGUACAGUGUAUCAGCCAGUCACUGUAGUCACUCCACAAGGUCAAGUAGUGACCCAAGCACUGUCACCUGGGACUAUUCGGAUCCAGAACUCUCAGCUUCAGUUGCAAUUAAACCAAGAUCUGGGCAUCUUGCAUCAAGAUGAUGGCUCAUCAAAAAAUAAAAGAGGAGUUCUUCCCAAGCACGCUACGAAUGUGAUGAGAUCUUGGCUUUUUCAGCACAUAGGGCAUCCAUAUCCAACAGAGGAUGAGAAGAAACAGAUUGCAGCACAAACAAAUCUGACACUACUCCAGGUUAACAACUGGUUUAUCAAUGCUAGAAGGCGAAUUCUUCAGCCAAUGCUGGAUUCCAGUUGUUCUGAAACUCCAAAAACAAAGAAGAAAACAGCUCAGAACCGUCCAGUUCAGAGGUUCUGGCCUGACUCCAUUGCCUCAGGAGUUGCUCAGCAGCAAUCUAAUGAGCUCACAAUGUCAGAUGGUGCUGUUGUAACAAUCACAGCUCCGGUCAACAUGAAUGUAGACAGUCUCCAGUCUUUGUCAUCUGACGGUGCUACUUUGGCUGUCCAGCAAGUUAUGAUGGCAGGACAAAGUGAGGAUGAGUCUGUAGACAGCGGUGAAGACGAUGGAGGAGAUCUCUCAACAACAAGUAUCAGUGGGCUGGUCUUGGAUAACAGCGAUUCUCUGCAGUAGGAAGCAAGAGUGACAAAAAGUUUAGGGAAAAAAAAAAACAAAUGGACUGACUGACUGUUUUUAUAGUUUGCACAGCAAACAUUUUACACAAGUUUUAUUUCUAAUAUGUUUUAUAUGUAGAUAUAGAAGGGUGCACUUUUUUGUAUUUCCAUAGUAAGCUUAAAGAGUGUUUUUGCAGGUGCAGCAACUUCUUUCAAAUGUGUUUUGUUUGUUUUUUCCUUUCUGUUUCCUAGUUCUGAAGAUUAUAUCUAGGUAAUAUAACGAACCACACAAGCACCCCUUUGUUCUUUGAAUUGGAAGUGCUGCAAUUUCUAAUGAAUUCUGCAGUUUCCAUUAGUGCUGUUAUUUAACACAGCUCUUGAUGGGCAGGUGAUGUAAAUUUUAAAGCAUGUGACACUAGUGUUUGGAACUUGAUCAUUAAGUUAGAUGCAUAUAUUUGAAAGAUGCUUCUGCACCUUAAAAACUGCUAGUCUGAGGUGGACAGCAACACACACAAAAAAAGAAAGGAAAAUGUUGAUGUGUGAUCCAGUAGCGAAUGUAUGGCAGUUGAAAUAAGUUUAGUUUCUCUCGUAGUCCGUGAGCCUGUUUAUCAUUUGCUAUGAAAACUCCUACUAUUUUUACCUCGAUGGGGUUAUUGGAUAAAAAAUAUUUUUAUAAAUUCACUAGGAAUUGGGAUGAUGACUGUAUUAAGCAGGAGGGAGGAGGAGGAGGAAAAAAAAAUAAUAAUACUUUCCAGAGAGGAAAAAGAAUGUUUAGUAUUCCUAUUUGGAAGGGUUGAAAACUGACCAAAUUGAAUAAACAAGCCUGUGCUAGCAUUCUAUGAUUCUCAGCUAUCCCACAGUGAUAUACUAUAUUUGAUAAUAGCAUAAGAAAGGCCCACUGUUUGAUGGGAUUUUGAUAUUGUCAAACACUGAUUUAUAGUAUCUGUAAACUAAUACUCAAAUUCCAUUAACUCUGUACCUAGACUUGUAUCUGAAGAUAUUUGCUGAAUGAGUAUUCAGGUAAGUAAAUUCAAACAGCCAUUACUUUUCCAGGUAUUAGUUUGUACAACUGAGUCUGCAAAGUGAAGAGUUGCCUACUGUGCAGUCACAAGUUUUGCUAUGACUCUGCCAUCUUACCACGUUUGAACUAUUGUCCCCUAGUACAAAAAGAAAUACAACUUAGGGAUUUAUAGCAAAUUUCUUCAGAUGCGAAAGUCACUGCCAGAAUAUACAGCAGGCUUUAUUAGAGUAGGAAAUCCUUCUGCCUGUCAUUUAAAAAGCAAGAGCUAGUGUUGGAAGCACUUGGGGUUUGGUAACAGUUAAUUUCUUUGUUUUUCUUUUCCCCAAAACUUUGAGUCUCUGUCUGACUAUCCAUAAACACUUCCUUUUGGAACUUUGUAUUUCCUAUUGUUUAGUAUAAAUAACAGAUUCCAAGAGUCUCAUGGUAUGCUCAACAUCCUACUUCCCUCCUGUCCAUUUGUCACAACAUUGGGUGAGAUCAAAGCCAGAACUUCCUUCUGCUUUACACCAAAUCUAGUCACCUUUCUAAUGUGACAGGAAAAACGAUGUUAUCUUUUAGAAUCUUUAGACAUUGUAUUUUGUACAAAGCCCUUUGACAGAUGCAGAUAUUUAAUUGCUUCAUUUCUGCUUCACAAAGCACUCAGGCAUGUUCUUAGGUCCCAUGGAUUUCAGUUGCAACAAUGCAUGUACUUUUGAACACAUUUAAAUGGUCGGAAGCUGGUCUUUAAAGAUAGUCUUCCAAGGCAAAUAUAAGCUGGUAUAAAGAAAAACCUCAGAAAGAAAUUUCUGUGCCUUUGGCAUAUACAUACAUGGAGGGUAACAGUGGUUUUUAGUGACUAGUAGCUGUCUUGAAAAAAAUGGUGUUGGACUUUAUUCAACAUGAGUGAUGUUUCUGCUUUUGCUCGCUUCUUCAGACGCUGUAACUACCUCUCCAGCUGGGGAGGUGAUUUCUAAAGCACCUUUUUUCUAACUUCUCUGAUUUGCCACUAGUGUGCUGUGUGUGUUACAAAGGGUAGUAAAUAAUGAAAAAAUCAGUUAGGAAGGCUUUGACAUAACUGUGUCAUCACUAUGUCAAAGACUAUUGCCAAAUCCAGCUGGAUCCCUAAACAUUUAAAAGGACAUCUUUUGUGUACAAAUCAUGCUCCUUUAGAAAUCUUCAACCCACUGUUCCUACAAAGAAUACCUGAGGUGUCUAGAAUAGAGAGACAGAUGCUGCAUUUUCCUUUUUCGUUCUUUUAGAUUUCACCCCACAGUUUCUCUUAUGUAGUAGAUGAUAUUUUUUGGUUUGUUUAGGGGUUUUAUUUGGCCACCAUUGCUCGUAUUUAAUAGCGCAUUAAUCCCUGCACUUCUAGCAUCUAGGCAGAUGAACAGCCUGCCUUCUCAGUGUGUACAGGCCAGUGGACAGAGAGGUGCUUUUCCAAAUUAGUCAGUGCUGGAGGAACAGCCUAUUCCUCACAAUCUCUUUUCCAGGAAUCUCUCCUUUCUCCAUGACCAGUUGGUGCUCCCUCGGAUCUACCAGCUGAGCAUUCCAUGGCCCGCUUUGCGGUAGUCUGGGAAAUGGCUCGGGCAACAGAUCCGUUGGGGUAGCAAGUAGCCUGCAGCGAAGGGAAGGGUAAACCAAAAUGGGCAAAACUUCAGUGGCUUGGACAUAAUGUGGCAUUUGCCCACACUUCAAAACCAUGAGAUCUGAGAUCUUAAAGAGGGUAUUAAAACAAUCUAAUACCUACACAGCUGUCUGGAAGAGGGUUCAGGAAAAUAUAAUUUGUGCCACUUGGAACUCAGCUGGAAAUGAUCAGGCAUUAGUGUUUGCAAACUUCUGAAAGUUUCUUUUUCAGAAAGAAAAAAAUUCUCUGGUUAACUUUUUUUUAUUCCCCCUCACAUAAGGUGCAAGCUGAUUUUUUUUUUAAUUCUUCUGAAAUAUUUGCUACCUUGUCUUCAGCUGGUUUAUCCACAACUGAAAAGCGGAGCUGGCAGACCUUGCUAUGCAAAGGGGGAUAUGAAAUAGUUUUUCUGUCAGAUACAAACGUAGAAUCAUGAAUUCCUAAAACUGAAAAGAGUUUACCAAUAUACUCAAAAGUAUUGCUUAACAUAUGGAACUCAAAGCAUAUGUUUGAUACCUUUAAUUCAGGGAGAAGAAAGUGAUGUCCUUCACUUCUUUUUCUGUGUAAGAAAGAUUCCUGGUUUAAACAAAGCAUCACUAUGGUUCAUUCUCACACAGUUACAUUUAGUUAAAAAGUCUUUAUAGAGGACCUAACUUUAAAGCCAUGUAUAAUUCCUCCCCUACCCCAAAUUAAAGUCAUUCUCUUAUGUAAGAGAAUUGAUUUAAUUUUUUAAAUCAGCUAUUGAAACUGCAGCGACUUAAACCUCAGCCGGCAGCUAAGCACUGCGAGCCAUUUGCUUGCUCCUCCUCUUUCUUAAUGAGAUGGGGAGGAAAGUAGAGAAGAAAAAAAAGCAAACCCCCACACUGAAAUUCAUGGGUUGAGAGAUGAACAUUUUAAUAACUAAAAUAUGCCAAUAACACAUUAGUAACUGCAGUCAAAAGUAAUGCAACAAAAAGAGGAAGGAAUAACCCCCAAGAAAAGAAGUGAUGCACACUGCAGUUGCUCACCAGCCACUGACCAGCACCUAAGCAGGGAUCUGCACCUCCUGGCUGAGCAUGAUGUUCUGUGGUAUGAAACAGCCCUGUCAUCUGUCCCAGUCAUGCUCCCUUCCAGCUUCUUGUGCACCUGCUCACUGGCAGAGCACAGGAGACUGAACAAUUCUUAACUUGGGACGAGUACUACUAAGCAACAACUAAAUCAUCAGUGUCCUGUCAACAUUGUUCCUACGCUGAAUCCAAAACACAGCACUACACCAGCUGCUAGGAAGAAAAAUUGACUCUAUCCCAGCCAAAACCAGGAAGAAAAUUGACUCAAUCCUAGCCAAAACCAGGACAGAUUUUUAGGUUUCUUUAUAAUGUAAUCUAGACUAUUAACCCAAAACAGUGCUACCAGUGCAGCUUUCCCAAGAUUUCUGUGACAAGGCAAUUUCCUGUUCUUCUUUAAGGAACAUUUUAAUUUUAGUAGGCCAACUUCAAAUAAUUCAGAACAUAUUUUUCAGUGACUAUUCCAAAGGAAGAAUCCUAUUGGAAAAUGUUUAAGCAUCCCUCUGGCUCUGCAGAGAGUUCCUAGAUCUGGAUAUUGGGUCAAAGUGGAGUCCUGCUGACCUCAGGGAAACUCCAUAAGGCUGCAUGUGUGUCAGGUUGUGAAAUGCAGAGAAUUGGUUCAUUGUUCUGCUCCUUGAUGACUACUGGGAGAGGCUUCCAACUUUAUCUUUCCUGCAUACGUUGGUUUUCUUCCAGUGGAAACCUUCGGCCUCACUCUGGGCUUAGAAGGGCAGAAAUUCAUGUUGAUCUGGUGUGUACCACAUAACAGUUUGAAUGUUCAAAAUAUGACUAGUAGGUAGACAUGCACUAAGGCAUUAGUUCCCAGUUUGCUUUAAAAGUAGCUUCAGGUUUCUGGAUAUUCUAGCAGAGUAGGGCCACAAAGGCACAAGUAAGAUAGGAAUAAUACAUCUGGGGGUCUUGUAAGAAUUGAAGGCAGUUCAGCUUCCUGACUUGAUGAACUUGACAGCCCAAAGGAUGAAACAAAGCUUUUCCAAGGGAUAAUAGUUUCAUGAAACUUAUAGGUUUGUAGCACUUAGCAAAACAGAACACCCUGGUGCCCUGGUGUCUUGGGGAAAAUAAAAGGAACACAUUCACUUCGUUGUAAUUACAGUUAAGAUUUCUUUUCUGGAGCUGAGUUGUCUUGGGAGAAAACAAAAAAUAUUUGUCUAUGCAAAUGUGAAAAAUGUGUGAAUUGCCCAUUUUUAGGUGCUGUAUUGUUACUGUCUUUCUGACUAAUGUUAUUCUUUGCUUAGUCCUUUAAACCUUUCAGCCUUUUAUUCAGCUUAGUUUUUGGAGCUGAAUAGGCAAAGUGUAUUUUUGAAAUCCUGUUGGAGUUGUGACUGACCUUCAUUCCGUCCCAGAUCUCUCGCAUGUUAAAUGGUUAGUGAAAUGUUUUGAUUUCCUAAUUAAUAAAUUCAAGCUCUCACCACCUCCUAAAACCAGAGCACAUCCAUGAAAGUGCACAGUUAAUUGCAGUGAGCAAAUGAUCAAAUCAUCAGCCUCGUGCUGAAUGCACUUUGCUCUUUGCUGUUCAGUGUAGCUGAAUAGCAAAGCGUGUUCAUUUUGCCAAGCUCACUAAGCCUGGGUUUCUCCCCCACCUCCCUCCACAUCAGCCUUUGGUUUGUUAAGCUCCUUUAAGUAGAUUUUGAGUUUUAUUUUCAUUUCUAAAGUAACUUGAACAUUGUGUAAAGUGUAGUGAAACUGACACUAAUGUGCUCUUAAGUGAUUACCCAGAUCAUGCUAUUUGUUCAUUCUUGUCCUCUGGAAAGAAAAUCUGCCCCAUUUCUGUGACUUAGUUUUUUUGGACCUGCUGAGGGCUCACAGCUGGUUUUUGCUAGAGAAAACUAAGGUGCAAGAAAGCAGUGAAAUGCUUUACCAACAUUGUAGACUACUAUAAAGAUAAUUCCUAGUUAAUAGAAUCCAGACUUUUCAGGUUAUAAUAGAAGUGGGCCAUAGCUAUUCCUGUGGCUUAGCAACAUUUGGUCUGUACAAUUAGCAGUCUUCAAACUGUGAACCCUGUAACAAUUUUCCCCCCUUGGUUGUUAAGGGAUUUUGAAGCAACUGAUCUGUCAAAGGAUAAAAUUCAAAGAUGAGAGUAUGCUUCAUGAAUGACCUAUUUUUACACUACUGUUCCCUGUGGACUGAAAAAGCACAUUUUAAAACAAUAUUGUGUGGCUGAAAAGCGAAUGUUUCAAGAGGUCUUGGGUGUCGUUUCAAACUAAUCAACUACUUCUUGGCCAGAGAUCUUUUUACUUGUGUGGGUUUACUUGUUUAUGCAAAUGAAGAAAAAAAAUGUACUGGUUCUUACCAGUAUGGGGAUUUUUAUUACACUUUUGUAAUGCAGGAUGAGUUUCCAUGAAAGGCAGAACUAGCAGGUAAAUAGACUGUCGUGCGUCUGACUUUGGGGUUGUUCCCCCUGCCCCGUUUCAAAUUGUUCAUUAAAAUGGCAUGGUCAUCAAACUUUCA